AUGGCAGAUAUUUUAGAAAAUUCUCCAAAUUUCAUACAAGUUUUAUGCGGCCAUAAACAAAUUCCUGGUGAAGAAUAUGUCCAAAUAUCCAAGGAAUCAUACGAGUUUUCAAACUCUGAAGAAGGAUUUCAAUGGGCUAUCUCAGUUGUUCAAGAACAAGUACCAAAUCAAAUGAAAGUUAUUGCAUUUUCCAUUAUAGAGAAUUACCUCAUAAAUCAUUUUGAAAUUCUCCUCGAUGAACAAAAAUUAUUUUUAUUAAAUCAGGUUUAUGUAGCUUUAGCUUCUGAUAUCAACCCACUCACGUAUAAGCUUGAAGCAUAUAUCAUUUAUACACUAGAGCCUGAUUUAUAUAACUUUUUUAAUACUAUUAACAUUCCUACCAAAGUAUCUCGAUCAUUAGCCUUUCUUGAAGAAUUCCUUUCAUUAAUACAGAACCCGACACCAAGAUCAGCCGAUAUUAUUGCAUAUAUGACCGAAAACGAAGUAUUUGAUGCAAUUUUGAUUUAUCUCUUAAGCCAUUUUACUCCAUUUUCAAAAAAGAUUUAUUUCGUCUUAAAGCAGAUCGUUGAGAUCUACGAAUUAACAGAUAAAAAGGAAAUUUGGAAAUACGCCUUACAAGGGCUUUUACAAUUAGAUACAAUGGUAGAUGCAUUAGAAUUAAUGGCUGCCAUAGCAAAAGUCACAGAUAAUUACAAAUUCGUUUACAAAUUUCUUGUUUCGUCAGAUUACUAUCGUUUUUUACAAAGUUACAAGAACGAUGAACAGAUCAUGUAUAACUUUGCUGUAAUCACUCAUUACCAGUUAAAAAAAGGCGAUUAUUCCACUUCAGAAAUUUUCAACAACGCAAAAUUCAUUCUUAUGAAUGGACCGCCAAUGGCAGGAGCUGCUAUUGUUGAAGACGUGCGCCUGGAGUUACACGAAAGCUUUGCUGACGUUGUAAAUUUAAUUUUCAAAUAUAAUUGCGACGAAGAUUACGUUAAUCAGGAAUACAUUGAAUACUUGUUAGAUAAGUUCGUAAACAAAUGGGAAAAUCCUUAUUCCGAAAAAUAUUUGAAAAAAUUAUAUGAAAUUCAAUCUGUUUACAUGACCGAAGAGAAUCAGCUGGCCGUGGCAUUGACAUUCACGGAGAUAUUAGAGAGAAUACAUCGGGAUUUCCCUGAUUCGUCGUAUUACAGUUAUUUCAUAGAAAUUUUCUCAGAUUAUUUUGAAAUUGAACCGGAAAACUCGUUACUGAUACAUAAUUCAAUAUUUAUGAACUUAGUUCUUAUCAUCCACCAACCAGAUGCUGAAAUUGACCUUGACUUCGUUUUCCAUCAGAUAUUAAAGCGAAUUGAUGCAGGACAAGAAGAGUUUAUAUCAUUAUUAUAUAAUUUCAUUGAUAAAUCAUUGGAUUCCAUAAGUUUUGAUAUAGGUUUAAUUGAAAAUCUUCUGAAUUCUGGAAAUUACCAGCUUCAGAGGUGCGUAGGAUUACUUCUAAACUACGUAAAUGAUGCAAAGAUACUAUACGCCAUAGUAGAAUACAUCAUACAGCUAGAUCAAACAGGAGUUUUGCUGAUGGAGUGUAUUCUUGGAAUUAGAAGAGAGAAUUUCUCAGAAGACCUUAUCAAUACGUUAAUGACAUACCUCAAAUCAAAGACACAAGAGUUUAAAGAGGAUGAUGUCGCUCUUUCCAAGUUUAUUUCUGUAUUAUUCUACAUUUCAGAAGAAAACGCUUUGGAUGUGAUCAAAGAACACUCCAUGCUCCAAGUCGGACCAGAAUCUCUAUCAACAAUCAUUAAAAUCUUCAAAGAAAAAGAAAUUCAUAAUUCUGAAUUUUUCAGAAUGGUUUUUGAGAGCUUUACGGACGUUUUCCAUAAUGCAACAAAGCUGAUUAUUGUCCAGGAGUUCAAAUCUUUCAUAGAAAACUUUCUAAUUUUGGUCGAUGUUUUCAUUCUCAAUAUAGACGUAAUUCCAUACGAAAUUCGGUUCAAAUUCUUCAAGUUCGCUAUCGAGGCCUUCCAAUACGCCCGGUAUCUCCCGAAUUCCUUACCGAAAUUUACGGACUUUUUCAUGAACUACUACGAUUACAUAGAUCCCGACCAAUUAAACGAAAUAAUACUCCAUACAUGGGAUAUUGUGAAGUUUAUUCGUAUUUCGAUCGACGAUUUGUUCGCAUUGAUCAGAUUCCACGCUUUUUGCAUCGACCACGAUUACUGUGGAAACGAUAUUUUUGCGGGAAUUCCAGAAAUUGCCCAAAAUGAAGAAAUUAAAAACGAAUAUUUUGGUCUCAUCGGAUUAGAUCCAUUAACUGACUCAGAACUAUUCGAUGACUUUUUGGAUAGGUUUUAUGCAUCUAUUCAGUAA